GGCUGUUAAGUUCCGGAUUGGUUGGUUCCGGCCUUGUCUCCCUCCUCCCCCUUCCCAUGGACUGUGCGCACUGACAUGGCUGAGCUGAUGUUGUGCAGUCCGCGCUCCGCCGGUACUGCUCGGUCGGAGGCCACAAAGGACUGAAAACAAAAAUGGCGGGAAGGAGAAGCUUACUUUUAGAAGCGCUGGAUAGAUCAACAGCUCAGAGUGAUUGUGGCUUUAAAAGUAAGUGGAGCUGUGAAGAGGUAAAGAAAGAAGACUGUCCUGUGAAUACAGAAAAGAAUGAAACCAAUCUGCUGAGCACUGACGGUGAAGAAACUGAAGAACCAAAGACCAAAACUCCCUUUUCAUCAGAAUCAGUUAACAGUACUGGUUUCUUGAAAAACUAUACAAGAAGAAAUCAAGGCAGUGGUUUUGCUAAAACUUUGAAAGGAAAUGCAACUGGACUCAACAUGCUGGGGUUUGGCAAGAAACCAAGUGAGACUGUGACUUCGCAUCUUGAACCAAACAAGGAGAUUGAAAAAAAUCAGAAUAAAAACUUUGUGAUUAGUGGCCCUUCGAGUCCAGGAAGUGUGGUUCGUGGAAGGCGUUUUCUUCAUGCCAACGUGCAGUCAAUUGUAAAAACAGCAGCACAAAGCAAUCUUGGCUUAUCUGAUCUGGGAAAAGAAUAUCCAGCUGAUGUUCAAAGGGUUCCAAUGGACAGUAUUAUUUUAAUGGAGUCUGAUGGGAGAGAUGUAGGCUCUCCAGAAUUAGAACAGAUGUACUCUGUGCCAAACAUUAAAAGACAUGUUUCGAUGAAGCGACUGAGAGAAGGCUCAACAGCAACAUUGACAGAAUCAACAGCUCUUGAAGCUCCCGCUACACAAAAUCCAGCAUGUCCAGAGGGGCAGACACUCAAUGAAUUCUUCAGUAUAUGUAAAAAUUGUGGGAGAAAAAGUGAAGAUCAUACAAAGUGUGAACACUGUAGAAAACCAAUACCCAAAGAUGCAAUAAGACGACCCAAGCAAGUUUCUGAUUCCGCCUAUGUUGGGACACCUCAGCCACGUCCAUCGAUUCAUGCAUGUGCCCCAACACAAGCUGAGGGCAACAUGAGUGUUAGUACCAAGGUGUUUUACAACAAGCCUUCUCUCGAUAUAAUAUUGACUACAGGACCCACUACUAAACUAUAUUCUACCAGGAGCAACUUUUUACAAGCUAAUGGCGGCAUAGGAUUGAUGGAACGUACGGUUGUAUAUGGAGCUGGACGGAUGGACUCCAAGAAGCCUGCAAUGAAUGAUCCCAUUGUGCUGUCCAGUGAUGAAGAGGAAGAAGAUGAUAAUGCCAGUACUGGAAGUAGCAGAAUGGACAGUGUUCGUUCUGGUACAGUUACUGACACUGCAAGUCUUUCUCCUGUGCCCUCCACUAGACCCUUAGAGCCUGUCUUAGAGGAACCUCCUGAUGGGAAAGCAGCAGAACAGAUUUCAGAAAACAUACUCACAGAAGUGGAAUCUACAGCUACUUUACCAAGAAAGGCCAAAAUGAAAGACAAGUUUGGAAAUUCUUAUCAUGACACAGUAGGCAAAAAAAGAAAAUUUGAAGUUACUCAGACACACACAGAUGCUCUUAGUUUGCAAGUGGAAAAUAGCUGUGAAAGCAUUAUCCUCAAGUGCCGAAGUAUACGAAUAGGAAGCUUUCGCACAACAGUAUUGGAACCCGUCAUUUUCAGUCUUGACUUCAUCAAGGUCAGUAUGGGAGUACCUAAUGAGUCAUCUCAGGAGGUAGUUUUUAAAGCAUCAGAAUUCACUAUGUGUGAAUGGUGUGGUUCGCGUGUGUUACCGGUACUUUUUCUGCAAAUGACACCUGCUGCUUGCCACAAUAUACGAUCGUCCCUCAAAAUGAGCAAAGAAAAGAGCUGGUUUGAUUCUCAGGGGAACACUACUGCUGAACGGUACAUUGUUCUGAUUUUUGAAGCUGUUCCGGAUCCUCAAGCAGCUGAUAUUUUGGAAAGGAUUUUAACUGAAAUUGGCAAAAGGAACAGUAUACUAAACUUUUUUGCCAUCAUUUCUUUUCUUGAAGCAAACAGUAGGCUUCUUCUUUUUACACAGAACCUAGAAGAACAUCAUGCAGGAAAUCUGUUGGUUAAAGAGAGCGGGGCUUCCUCCAAAUACUGUUUGAGAAACACCAGCCUUUCAACUGAUGAUGCUUUGGGAACAUCCCAUACUUCCUUUACAGGUCCUAUUGAAAAGCUGAUAGUUUACCCACCACCUCCAUCCAAGGGCGGCAUAUCUGUGACUAAUGAAGAUCUCUAUUGCCUCAAAGAGGGAGAAUUCUUAAAUGAUGUUAUCAUAGAUUUCUAUUUAAAGUAUUUGGUUCUUGAAAAGAUCAAACAGCAAGAUGCAGAUAGAGUACAUGUUUUCAGCUCCUUUUUUUAUAAACGACUGAAUCAACGAGAACGACGGAACAUUCCGGAAUCUGCCAAUCUAUCGUUACCAAAACGACGUCAUGCCAGAGUGAAAACGUGGACAAGACAUGUGGAUAUUUUUCAAAAGGAUUUUAUUUUUGUUCCUAUUAAUGAAACGGCCCAUUGGUUUUUGGCUGUGAUUUGUUUUCCUGGCCUUUGCACUGAACCAAAUUCUAAAUCACAGGAAAAUGAAGGAAUGCAAUCCAACAACUCUGUACUCGAGGAAAGCAACAAUAACUGGUCAUCAUUGCAAGGGGAGACUGAUGGUUUAGCUGACAACUCGACUGCAGCAAAUGUGUUGAGAAAAUCUUCAGACACUAUAGACAAAAUCCCUGAACUUAGCGUUGGCAAUAUCUGUGAGUGUGUAGAAUUUGAUAAACUACAUACAAGAAGAUGUUUGUUAGCACCUAAUAAAUUCCUCAGCAAUGUUAAUCAACUGAACACUGAAUCAGAAGAUGACCAAAAUGCAAACCAGAAGACACAAAAUGUUGCAGAAGGUAAACAGCUAGAUGCUUUAAGGCAAAUCCAAAUCAGUUAUGCUGAUGGUAAUGAUGAUUCCUUUGACUUUUUACCAGAUCAGGAGUACAGCCAGGAUGAUAGCAAUGAAGCUGGCAGCAUGACAGAGGAGAGCUCACCAGAAAGUGUACCAUGGGGUCAGCAGCCUUCAAAACAGCCUUGCAUUCUCAUCAUGGAUUCUUUACGUGGACCAAGUCGUACAAAUGUGGUUAAGAUCCUGCGAGAAUACCUUGAAGUAGAGUGGGAAAUGAGAAAAGGAAGCAAAAGAGCUUUCACCAAAGAUGUGAUAAAGGGCUCCAAUCCUCGUGUUCCUCAGCAAGAUAACUUUAGUGAUUGUGGUAUUUAUAUCUUACAGUAUGUCGAAAGUUUUUUUGAGAAUCCAAUUCCAAGUUUUGAACUGCCUAUGAAUUUGAUGGAAUGGUUUCCUCAGCAACAAGUCAAAAAGAAACGAGAAGAAAUCCGAAAUGUAAUUCUCAAACUCUGUGAGACACAAAGCAAAGGGAAGAAAGGACAGGAAUACAGAGCAACAGAGGCACCUUCAUGAGCAAUGCCUGGCCAAGACAGACUCUGACAGAAGAUGCCAUUUUCAAUUACUGGAUGUUGUUGCACUACCACAGAAACGACUUGGAUUUGUUCAAGUGUUGGUUUCUACAGAAGGAUGAAUUCUUUGUGUGUGUUUGAUCUUAUAGAACAUUUUGAUGCACACCUCUUCAUUUUACAGGCACCCAGAUGAAUGUUAAUGUGCUGUUAUAAAUAUGACAAACUGUAUAUAUGUUCAUAAACUGAAUUUACUGCAUUUGUGAUCAAUUUCACUGUUUUGGGUUAGUAAGCAUUUUCGUAUGUACUUUUGUUAAAGGUAGUUGGAUAGCUACUUACAAGUAUGAUUAAAAGUUAUUGUAGUAUUAAA